AUGGCUGCCGUUGGAAUGGCGCCAGCACAUGCCAUUAUCGUGACAGUGGGCAGCACAGAAGCUACGAUCGACGAACAUCCUGAAAACGAAGCCGCUCUAUCACUCGCUAUGAUGACCAGUGUGAUACUAAUCAAGAAGAAGAUUAGAAUCCCCAAACGCUAUUUUCGGAAGAGAGCAGCAUCAUCUAAUAAGGAUGCGUCGUUCUCCCGAUUGCGAUCUAUCGAUACGUCAAGCACUAAAUUUGCGUGA